GCUUUUGCUCUGAUCUCUCCAUUGUUCCCUACCUUGAUCCUAAACCCUAAAUACUCCUUUUCUUGAAACACAACGAGAAGAUGACGGGAAGUAACCCUAAGGGUUUCUCACAUAAGUCGUCUUCUUCGUCGUCUCACCGCAAAAGCAGGUGGGAAUCUGGAAAGAACACUAAUCCCGAUAGUAAUUCCGGCGCCGCCGGAGAUGCAAAGCCCCUAAAACCUUCAUUGAAUUCUAAAGAUGAUUCCGCAGCCCCUGGCCCAUCGAAGCUCCCUCUCGAUCCAGUCCCUUCAUCAGCUCCUGGUCAUUUUCCGUCUGGCGGAGGUGGAGCCGGAGCUUCUUUUCCCUUUCCAGACCAGGCUGGUAUCGGUCCUCCUCCUCCACCGGCUUAUGGCUUUCACAUGCUUGAGCGGCGAACCAUAGCGUUGGCCGAUGGUAGCGCUCGGUCUUACUUUGCACUUCCCCACGACUAUCUAGACUUUCCGCCUGCUGAUAGGUUCCUAGCAUUAGGGCGUGAACCAGGCAGUUUAGGGUUAGGGUUUGAUAAGCAUUUCCCUCCUGGUGGGUUGAGUCCCGAGGGAGGCUUCCGUCGUGAUGGCAAUGAGCCAUUUGGUCGUGGUGGUGGGCAAUUUGAUUACUGGAAUUCCUUAGGGCUUGAUGGGCGGGUGCCACCUGAAGCUUCACUGAAGAGGAGGUAUGGAGAUGAGGAUGAAAGGGAUGGCAGAGAGAGAGAGGAGGCUGCGAGGCAGCGACAGCAGCUCUUGCGGUAUGCCAAUCCCAAUGCAAAUUCCACUGGGUUUAUGUCGGGUUCUGGAGACCGGGCGGAUUACUUGUCGGGGAAAGGUAGCCCAUUUCGACGGGAUCCUUUGGACUCAAACAGGGGAGGGGAUGAUUUCAAUUUGAGGUCUUCAAAGCUUAUGAGGGUUGGAGGGGAUUACGGGGAUAUACCUUCUAGGCAUGGCGUUGUUGAAGAGGGUCUCAAGUAUCCCGAUGUAGACCCGCAAGCUCUGAAGAAGGCGUUUCUUGGUUACACAAAAUUAAUCAAUGAGAAUGCAUCUGAAAGAAAGAAUUAUCUGGAGGAUGGGAAGCAUGGGCCUCUGCAAUGCCUUGCCUGUGGCAGGGCAUCUAAAGAUUUUCCGGAUAUGCAUGCUCUUAUUAUGCACGCAUUCAACUCACACAAUUCUGACAUGCGUGUGGAUCACCUUGGCUUGCACAAGGCCCUGUGUAUUUUAAUGGGGUGGAACCAUGCAAACCCUCCUGAAAACUCAAAGACGUAUCAGUCAUUAUCUGCUGAUGGAGCAGCCGCUAACAAGGAUGAUCUGAUUAUGUGGCCACCUGUGGUGAUCAUUCACAAUACAAAUUCUGGAAGGGGAAAAGAUGGCCGGAUGGAGGGUAUGGGAAACAAAUCAAUGGAUAAUAAACUUAGAGAUCUUGGUUUUGGUGGUGGGAAGUCAAAGUCCUUGUAUGGGAAGGAUGGUCAUCUAGGCAUUACGUUGGUGAAAUUUGCCGGUGACCAGUCUGGCCUCAAGGAAGCCAUUCGACUAGAGGAAUUUUUUGAGAGGGAUAACCAUGGUCGUCAAGGCUGGGCUCGUGCACAGUCCUCACAAUUGGGCAAGGAUGAUGAAAACAAUCCAUACCUGGUGAAGGUUGAUGAGAAGACGGGGGAGAAGAAGAGAAUCUUCUAUGGGUAUUUAGGAACUGCGUUUGAUCUGGACACAAUUGACUUUGAGACAAGGAAGAGGACUGUGAUUGAGAGCAGAAGUGAAUGGAAGCCAUCUAAUUAGUUUCGAUGACAAUAUAUGGUACUGUAUCUUUGAAAUUGCUGUUAUGGAGACGAUAAACCUCCUUGUUUUUUUUCCCCAUAAUAGUUUUGGGAAAGCAGGUAAUAUUUAAAUUGUUUUUCUUU